AUGCCCUGUAGGGUACUGAGGACGAGCUUGCCAUCUGUUCGUGAGCUCCUGAGGAGGGCUCCAAAGAGGCUUGAAGUAGAACAUGUUACUACGCUGCUUUCCGUGGAGGAUCCAAAUGAUGUUGCUGAAGUUAUUCAAAGAGCAGAUGCGCUGCGCCGAGAGCAAACUGGGGAUGCGGUGAGCUUUGUAAUAAACAGGAAUAUUAACUUCACGAACGCUUGUAUAAAGCGUUGCGGAUUUUGCGCUUUCAGCAGGACCCCAAGGGGCAUGCAUAAGUCUGAAACUUAUUACUUGCCACUUGAAGAAAUCGCGAGGAGAGCACGCGAGGCACGGGACUUGGGCGCGACCGAAGUUUGCGUCCAAGCUGGUCUGCCGCCCGGCGCAAGUGCGGACUUGUACACGCGAGUCGCUUCGUGCAUUAAGGAAGCGGUUCCAAACAUUCACUUGCAUGCUUUCUCUCCAGAGGAGGUGCUUUACGGAGCUCAGCUUCGGGGCGUGACGACAAACGAAUAUUUGAAACUACUGCGUGAUGCCGGUGUGGAUUCGCUUCCAGGAACUGCUGCAGAAAUUCUUGUACAAGAGAUCCGUGAUAAGAUAUCUCCCGGGCGGAUAACUGUUUCCCAGUGGAUUCGAAUAGCAAAGGAAGCUCGCUUGAGCGCAGGUUUGCGCAUGACUGCGACUGUUAUGUUUGGGCACGUAGAGACUCCGGCACAUAUCGCGCGGCAUUUGCUCACCAUACGAGCUCUCCAACAUGAGGUAGGAGUCUUUACAGAGUUUGUUCCGCUUGGGUUUGUUCACUGGGAGGCACCGAUGUGUCGGGAACAUGAUCCGCGAUACCUUGCAGAGUGCAGAGAUGGACCAUCACCUGCACAGCGCCUUUUGGUGCACGCUGUAUCAAGGAUCGUUCUGGGUGAUUGCAUACGCAAUAUUCAAUGUUCAUGGCCGAAAGAAUCACCCGAAGGCACUAUUCGGCUUCUCCAGGCUGGUUGCAACGAUCUUGGGGGCACGCUGAUGAAUGAAUCUAUCUCGAGUGCGGCUGGUGCUAAACACGGACAAGUUAUGACACCGCGUGAGAUGCGUCGCAUCGCCACUGCCGCUGGCCCCGAGCGAUAUCUUAUUCAGCGGGAUACGCUGUAUAAUAUCUUACAUCGCGAACCAUCAUGUGCGCUGGACGAGUAUGCAGGCACCAAAGGGAAUCUAAGGUUUGGUUCUUUCCACGAACUGUUGAAAUCGAAUCGUUUUCGAUUCCACGACGCUCUUCGAUCUGAGACUGCGAAUGGAACGUCACGCAAUCGAUCCACUUGGGUCCGAUCACGCGCUCCUGAUGCUGUACAAUAA